AUGACGAAGCCUAUCGAUGCUUCGAGCAAGCCCAUCGCCCAUGACUCGCCUUCGCAGCCGCAGGAGACCUCGAUGAAGCAAAUACCCAGCGGCAAAACCGCAGCGCGCGUCCCCGUAUCCCGAAGAGACCAUCCGAACCGCCUAGUGGAUAUCCUCAAAGUGGCGACUGCGAUGCUAGACGGCGAGAUCGAGUACCGGCGCGCAAACUAUGCGUCUGCAUUCGAGCACCUAUGCGAGGCAAUCCGCCACGACGAUGCCCUCUUGUAUACCGAGCCUCGGGGCUGGAUGCUGCCGACGCGCCAUGCGUAUGCGGAGGAUCUGGGCUUGGAUCCGACUCUGACGCGGGCUCAUCAGCAUCCUGAUUCGGUUUGGGCGUUGCAUGGGUUUCAUGAGUGUUUGGUGCGCUUGGGACGGCUUGCUGAGGCGCGGAUUAUUAAACCGCGGUUGGACUUUGCGUCGAGUGUUGCUGAUGUGGAGAUUCGGUCGUCUUGUUUUUUUUGUGUCGGUUGGGGGGCUGAGUAUUAA